AUGGCCCGCGUAUUAAACGGAUUCAGAGAUUCAAACCCGAAGGAAAUCAGCCAUGGCAAGAACUGUCCGACUCCUAGAUUGCAUGAUGGCGACAAGGACUCGUGCAAGUCGGCCCGCUUGGCUAAGGAGCACCUCAGCGCCGCCCAUCCCGGUGGUACAUCUUCGACGCUAUUCCGAGUCACUGCGACCAUCAAGUCAGACAAGAUACUUCCAAACAACGUCACGCACCUGUUCACCACCACCAGCAGCAGCAGCAAUAGCAGCACCCCACCGCCCAUAGACAACACGUUCUCCCUCGCAGACCUCGGCCUGACCCGCACCACGCGCCUGGCGGUGCUCCUCAUCGUGGGCAUCCUCGGCACCAUCGAGACCGUGUUCUGGGUCCAGGCCGGGUGGCGCUGGUAUCAGUCCCGCUUCCUCUCGCCGUCGCCGCCAUCGGGCAGCAGCGGCCAAGAGCGGGCAGGCGGGUAUCAUCAUCAGCAUGGAGGAGCAGAGCCGGGGAGAUAA